AAAUUAUUCCGCGCGCGGACACGCGAUUAUCCUUUUAGUAAUUGUCGUCCUUUUUUAAGUAUACUAUCAUAAUUAAAUAAUGUUAAGUGUGAAUAAAUAUAUAUGUAGCUACCUGUCAUUACAACCUCUCAGUGUCCAUCAUUCUUUAAACACUCGAUAAACUACGUCCGAAAAAUUUUAACACUAAACUGGCAAUCAAGUUCACAAGUUUCCUAUUGUUACACAAGUUGUUAAGGAGAUUUCCUUGAAAUCUGCGAUCAUUAUCAUCGAAAUAAAGAACUGAAGUUAUUAAUCUGUUUUAUCGUCCGUUUAUUUAUUAUUCAACAUCACUUUUAAUUUCGUGGGGGAGAGGUAACUUCAGGCUCCAGUUUAAAGCGCUACACCCUACGAAGGAUACCGAUCCUAGAGUGGCUGCCUCGAUACAGUUUCUCGAAAUUCCUGCAAGACUUUUUGGCGGGAAUGACCGUCGGUUUGACCGUUAUACCGCAGGGUAUAGCUUAUGCAAUUGUAGCUGGACUACCAGCGCAGUAUGGCCUGUACAGCAGUUUCAUGGGAUGCUUCGUCUACGUGGUGUUCGGUAGCUGUAAAGACAUCACAGUGGGACCAACAGCAAUAAUGGCUUUACUGUCGCAGCACCAUGUUAUAAGACUCGGAGCUGAUAUCGCGGUACUCCUCUGUUUCUUAUCAGGUUGCAUAAUCGCGAUCAUGGGAUUGCUUCAUCUGGGAUUUCUUGUUGAAUUUGUUAGUCUGCCAGUGAUUUCGGGAUUCACGAACGCAGCUGCGAUAAUAAUUGGAACAUCUCAGUUGGGAACGCUUCUUGGUCUGAGUGGUAGAAGCGACUCCUUCAUUGACGCCGUUGUCAAAGUUGUUGAUCACCUUAACGAGGUCAAAUUGUGGGACACAGUACUGGGAGUCUGUUCUAUGAUUCUACUGAUCUGUCUCAAAAACUUACGUGGAAAGAAAGAUGGAACAGCGUUUCAGAAGGCGAUGUGGGUAACGUCAUUGGCCAGGAACGCUGUGAUCGUCGUCAUCGGAAUAAUAUUGAGUUAUUCCUUGUAUUCUUACAAUAUUAAACCUUUCAAUAUUACUGGAAAUAUUACGGAAGGGUUGCCAUCGUUCGCACCACCGCCAUUCUCAAUUGUGCAUGGAAAUAAAACGUACUACUUUGAGGACCUCAUUGCGGAAUUAGGGAGCACCACCAUUUCCGUUCCACUGAUCGCCAUUUUGGAGAGCAUUGCUAUUGCCAAAGCUUUUGCUAAAGGAAAGACGGUCGACGCUAAUCAGGAGAUGCUGGCUUUGGGACUUUGUAAUAUUUUCGGAAGCUUUUCACGAUCAAUGCCGAGCACAGGAAGCUUCACAAGAACUGCUGUAAACAACGCUUCGGGUGUAAAAACACCGAUGGGCGGUGUAAUUACUGGAUGCCUGGUGCUUUUAGCCAGCGGCCUUCUGACCUCGACAUUCGAAUACAUUCCGAAAGCAACUCUCGCUGCGGUCAUCAUAGUUGCCAUGUACUAUAUGCUCGAAUUUCAUAUUUUCACAGUGCUUUGGAGAACCAAAAAGAUCGAUUUGAUACCUUUGACGGUGACUUUGUUCAGCUGUUUGGCAAUCGGUCCAGAAUAUGGGAUGAUUGCUGGAAUCGCGGUAAAUCUAAUUCUGCUGCUCUAUUUCGCGGCCAGACCCGGAUUACUGAUAGAAGAACGCCUUAUCGAUGGCUUGAAGAUCCUGUUCGUAUCCCCGAAACAAUCGUUGAGCUAUCCGGCUGCAGAAUAUCUACGGGAACGAGUAAUGUCCUGGUGCGCCAGGAGAUCAGAGACGAUUCCAGUGAUAGUGGAAGGUCGUCACGUGCUCAGAAUCGAUGCAACCGUCGCGAAGAACCUCUCUUUGCUUUUGACGGACCUGAAGGCAAGGGACCAAAAGCUCAUCUUCUGGAACUGGUGCGAGGAAGCGAGGAGGACUUUAAUAAGCUACGACGCUUCUCUGACGAUGUCCUUCAGAACUUCUGGCAGCAUAGCUCAAGUAUUUUCAGACGGAAUCACGUCGUCACACGUUCCACGCUUGGUAUGAAAUUCUAAAUCCAACGGACACAAGGAAGCCAGAGAUCUUUCACCAGAUAGGGACUUUUCAGCUGGUGAUCUAACAAAGUCACGUGAACGCUGAACGUAGUGUCGUUUUAUGACACCCAUGUCCCUGACAGACCAGGGAUCUUUUUAUAUGCACAAAUAAACACCUACGUAGUUUUUU